CCAAAAAUAACAUUACUUAGGGCAAGCUCAAGCUUGUCUGUACCAAAACCAACCACACUCAUAUACAUAUAGUUUCCGAACCGUAGAUAGAUUCUUUCUUACAGGCAAAUCUUUUUUCUUUGCUCUGUCUGAGAUAUCGACCGAUGGCAAGGAUAUCGUCGGACCCUCUUGUCGUCGGGAGAGUUAUCGGAGACGUGGUCGAUAAUGUCACGCAAGCUGUGAAGAUGACAGUGACCUAUAACUCCAACAAGCAGGUCUACAACGGCCAUGAGUUUUUUCCAUCGGCCGUCACCAUCAAGCCCAAGGUUGAUGUCCAUGGCGGUGACAUGAGAUCGUUCUUCACUCUGGUGAUGACAGAUCCAGACGUUCCUGGUCCUAGUGAUCCUUAUCUGAGAGAGCACUUGCACUGGAUUGUAACCGAUAUCCCCGGUACAACGGAUGCAACAUUCGGACAAGAGAUCGUAGGGUAUGAAAUGCCGAGGCCGAACAUUGGAAUCCACCGAUUCGUGUUCAUGCUGUUCAAGCAGAAGCGUCGCGGCUCUGUCGUGUCCGUACCAUCGUACCGCGACCAAUUCAACACCCGAAUGUUCGCUCACGAGAACGAUCUGGGCCUCCCCGUCGCGGCCGUCUUCUUCAACUGCCAACGUGAGACCGCCGCUAGACGCCGCUAACUUCACCACCACACAUAUAUACAUAUAUAUACACGUAGGUAUAUAUAUGCAUGUGUGUGUAACGCCCUGACAUACAUAUGACACAUGCAUGUUCCAUGCAUUGUGUAUGUCAUCAUAUGUAUGUGUAUCUAAGAAGUGUUUGUGACCUGAAUAAUUUAAGUAUGAUAUAUCGAUGGUUUGUUAUAUAUAUAUAUAUAUAUAUAUAUAUAUAUAUAUAUAUAUAUGUAUGUAUGUACGUAAACUUGUUUUUCGUACCAAGAAGAUCCUCCUAAUUGUUGUUGUUGUUGUUGUUGUUGUUUCUUUUGCCUUGUUUCCAUAUUUUAUUUAAAUGUCGUCGAG